AUGGUGGAAUUGUUUCUUGUAGCAUUACUAUUGUUCCAAAAUUGUAUAAUCACACUUGGUUCUGCAUCCCAUCAUGAGAGGCUAGUUAUAAAAAUUAUUCACUAUGAUUCUGUCAACUCGCCUUUCUACGACCCAAAACUGACACUUGAAGAUCGCGUCAAAAGAAUGAAUCAAAGAUCAGAGGCUCGCAUUUCAGAUCUAAUGAAUGUCUCAAAUAAUCUGAAAGAAGAUGCGGUUGACGUUCGGAUUUACCCAGCAUAUACCUCUCAGUUUCUUGUUCCAUUAAAAAUUGGUACACCUCCUGUGCCAAAAAUUCUUACCAUGGACACUGGGAGCGUAUUACUUUGGGUCCAUUGUGGCUAUACCAUUGGUGGUGAAGCCUCACCAGCUCCAUUGUACCACAAUGCACAUUCUUCAUCAUAUGAGGAAGAUGUGUAUUGCGAGACAUCUAUAUGUGAUCUUAUGACUCUUAGAGGAAGUUGUGGAAGAAUCUCAAGGAGAUGUGAGUAUUUUGUAAAAUAUGCAACAGGUAAAAGUAAAGGACAUCUUGCUUCUGAAGUUGUGUCAUUUAAGUCAAUCAAUGAAACUGAAGUGACUAUCAAGCGUCUUAUUUUUGGAUGCUCAAUAUAUUCUGAUGGUGCAAAUCGUGUUAGUGGAAUCCUUGGAUUUGGACAAACAGCUGUGUCUUUGAUUUCACAACAAAAUUAUGCUGGAUUCUCAUAUUGUAUCGGUGAUAUAACUGCUGUAGAUUACGAUUCAAAUGCAUUAAUUCUUGGAGGCAAGCCUAUAAUGGAAGGAGCGUCGACUCCCAUGUUUAUGGUUAUAGGCAAAUACUUCAUAACUUUAGAAAAAAUCAGUGUCGGGGACAAGUUUCUUGACAUUGAUCCAAGCAUAUUCAAGAGGAUCGAUCACCAAGGUGGAAUGCUUGUUGAUACCGGGGCCACAUCUAGUUAUUUGCCUAAGAUAGCAUACAAGAAACUGAAGGAGGAAAUUAGAUCUAUAAUUGGUACGACGUUGGAAGAGUUUAUAAGCGAAAGACCAGAAGAGCUUUGUUACUAUGGAGUUGUUACCGAGGAUCUUGAAGGCCUUCCAACAGUAGCAUAUCAUUUUGUUGAAAAUGCUAAAAUGGAGUUUACUGCUGAGAAUUUGUUUAAACAAGAUAAAGCUGACCAUUUCUGCCUAUCCAUACAAAUUUCUGAAAACAAGAAGAUUCCUAUGCCUUUUAGCGUACUUGGAGUUUGGGCGCAGCAAUUUUUCUAUAUCGGCUUUGACUUCAACACCAUGAGAAUGUCCUUCACUAGGAUAGAUUGUGACCGCUUGUUUGAUUGA